CCCGAAAUAUUCACUCUCAUGAUUAUAUAUACUUCUCAUUUUCAUUCAUAUUUUUUGGUAUCCACAAACAAUAUCGAUCUCUUUUUCUAAAAAUACACUUUUAAUCAUUUAAUUUCUUGUGUGGGUAAAUAUUCUUGUAAUUAACCAUGUUAGAAGGCAAGGCUGUGAUCGGGGAGACCGACAUGCUUCAAACAAUGCAAGAUGAUGCACUUCAACUCGCGGCUAAAGCACUUGAUUUCUAUGAUGUAACGGAAGCCACAGAAAUAGCACGAGUCAUCAAACAGGAAUUUGACAAGGUGCAUGGAGGUGGAUGGCAAUGUAUAGUAGGGACUGAUUUUGGUUCAUUUGUGACUCAUUGUUAUGGGUCAUUUAUCCAUUUUUCGAUUGGUAGUCUCGCGAUUUUGCUGUUUAGGGGAUCAGCAGCAGCUCCAGAGUUUGAUUAAUUUUCGGGUUUUGAGGGUGUAAAAGCUCUAUCAUAUAUAUAUUUACUGCCUUUUAAUUUAGAGUCGUUCUUUUCUUGUAACAAGUUCAUUAGCUGCCUUUGUUCAAUAUAUACGAUUGUUCGGCACA